CCGGAGCCUCUUCGCGGCAGGAUCGGCCUUUUCUUUUGAGUCCCGUGCCCGGGACGGAGGGGUGCUGAGUGUCGACGGCGAGUCUCCCCGGUUGUAGGGCGUGGAGCCAUCAUGCCACAAAACGAGUAUAUAGAGUUACACCGGAAGCGAUAUGGUUAUCGUUUGGAUUACCAUGAGAAGAAGAGGAAGAAAGAGGGUCGCGAGGCUCAUGAACGCUCAAAGAAAGCCAAGAAAAUGAUUGGAUUGAAAGCCAAACUUUAUCACAAACAGCGCCAUGCAGAGAAAAUACAGAUGAAAAAGACUAUUAAAAUGCAUGAAAAGAGGAAUACCAAACAGAAGAAUGAUGACAAGACCCCAGAAGGAGCUGUGCCAGCAUAUCUGCUGGACAGAGAAGGCCAGUCCCGAGCCAAGGUUCUCUCCAACAUGAUCAAACAGAAGCGGAAAGAGAAAGCGGGGAAAUGGGAAGUUCCUAUACCCAAAGUCCGUGCCCAGGGUGAGACAGAAGUUCUGAAGGUGAUCCGUACAGGAAAAAGAAAGAAGAAGGCAUGGAAGAGAAUGGUUACUAAAGUGUGUUUUGUUGGAGAUGGUUUUACCCGGAAACCUCCAAAAUAUGAACGAUUCAUUCGACCAAUGGGAUUGCGAUUUAAGAAGGCCCAUGUAACACAUCCAGAACUUAAAGCCACUUUUUGUCUACCUAUCCUUGGUGUAAAAAAGAACCCCUCAUCUCCUCUGUUUACAACUUUGGGGGUAAUUACAAAAGGUACAGUCAUCGAGGUGAAUGUGAGCGAGCUUGGUCUUGUGACACAAGGGGGCAAAGUAGUCUGGGGAAAAUAUGCACAAGUAACCAACAAUCCAGAAAAUGAUGGGUGUAUUAAUGCUGUUCUACUUGUAUAAGUGGCAAAGUGCAGCUGUGGGCAUGCACAGUAGCUUUCCAGAAGGAUGAACCUUUCAGAAUAUUUGGAGACAAAGGACUUGUGUCAGAGCAUCAACAUCUGAAGGCGGAGGACUGAAAGUCUGAGAACUGUUUUUGUUACUGAAGAUGAACAAUAAUAAAAUGCACUAAUUUGUAUCAAA